GCUAAAAUAAAAUAUCAUUCUGCGCGCGAACGUUAUUGAAUGCGCGCUUUCGAAACGAUUUAUUUACGAACCAGUUUUGGGACAUUAUUUUUAAAUUCAUCUAAGUGGAAUAUUUGUGCAUAUGUUUUGUGUUUGUGUCAGUGAGGAUAUACAAUAUUUCAAAUUUAUAACAGCGACAUUUGAUCCAUAUUAGAUAGUUAAAUUAUCACCAUGGCAACCAAGUCAUACAGCAAACACAAGGAGUACAAGGAGUUCUCCAGCAGCCAGGGGACUGUUCCUUACACGGACGAACAAUUCGACAUGAUAAAAUCGGAGCUCUUGCCAAAGGGGAGUAAGCUGGACUCUCUGGGAAGGAAUGGCGGCGUGAGGGAGUACCACUACGAGUACAAAGAGGAGAAGCUGCCCUCUGGGAAGUAUGACAGGAAGGAUCUUAGAACUGUUGAGGAAUACACAAUUCCGCCCAAGACUGUUCCGAAGGCAUCGGAGAGUAACUCGUAUUACUAUGAGAGACAAGAGCGAGAAUUGCCUCUCAAUGGCACCAGGACUUAUAACUACGAGAGUACAACCUCGGCUCCUGUGUAUUCAAAAGUAAAGAGUGGGAAGGUGACAAAAGAGAUGACACAAAAUGUGGAAGAGCUGGAUUCUCUCUUGGAUGACCUGCAGAAGGACCAGGAGAGGCAGCUUUAUAAAAGUGGAUACACGUCUGAUACAGCUGAGAGUUCGUCGUUCGAUUACAGGCGAGGGACGCCAGUGAAAGCGCCCUCUAGCGGGUAUUCCACGCUGAAGCAUGAUGAACGCAUCGAGUCUUCAUCAUGGGGUUCCAGUCCACCGCCGACUAUCACCAAGUCUGCGGAGUUGAGACAGGAGAUGUACCGCGAAGAGAAAACAGAAUCCCGUGUCGUACCAUCGCAGGUGUCACCCGCGAUACCUCAGGUGGUACCACCUACCAUCACGCUCUGCUCGCAUUGCCACCAGACACCCAACACUGGGACGCUAUCACGCUCCAGUACUCCGAUGAACAAGGUGACGACCACAGUAAAGACUUACACGUACGAGGUUCCCGCCGACCAGGACCCCACUUCGGUGCCCAUCCCCACGGUAGCUGAUCACCACCACACCUACGUCACCAAUGAAGUUCACAACACCAUGUCGAGCAACACGCUGCACAAGCCGAGUCCCUCCCCCACCCCGGGCGGCUGCCAGUACUGCUCGCACUGCAACUCAACGCUGAGAGAGAUCCGAACUCACACCACCACAGAUAAUACAAACGAACGUAUUCUAUACCCGACCCCAGCCAACGAGAUCAAAGUAAUUCCCGCCGAGCCGCACAAUGGACUGCACCCACAUGGUCCAUCAACGUACAAGUACUCGGAGACGUCGUACUCGUCUCACAACAGCACUCAGCGACACCCCCCGCCUGCGACCACUCCCUCCCCCUUCCCUCGACCGCACACCCCCUCCGGCACGCAGCAGCCUCCCAAGAAACUUGACGACCUCCUCGCCGACUUCCCUGAAGCUCGCUUCCCGACCCAACCCGAUGGCAUCGUCCAGCGUAAGAUAGAGAAGCGAGAGACGUCGGAGUCGCAAACCAGAGACGCGGGGGCGAAGUCUCCACCCAUCGGGGGCAGCAAGAACGUGGCCGGCCCCGCGGUUUACUACCCGCCGGGACACACGCCCUUCGCGAACAAAGACUCCGGCUACCAAAUGAGCGCGAUGCAAGCCGGUGGCGGCAGUAACGCGGCAGGGCGCGGCAUGUACGAAUAUGAAUCUGGAGCCCGAAGCAAGGAGAAGCACUCUGAGAAGAAAACUGCCGUACCGGUCUGUCUGCCGCUCUGCUGUGCCAUGCCAUGUGUCAUCAUUUAAAUCUCUUGAUAGAUCAUCAUAAUAAAUCUUGUUUAUAGUACGUUUUCCUUGACAUUUCAUGAGUUUUUGUCCGUAUUUUAAAAGGAGUCUCAGUACAUAAUUUACGAAGAGAUGACCCUGCAUCAUCCCUAGCACAUGGCGUAUUUUGGCCCAUGGCCUAAGAGCGUUGCUGUCACAGAGUUCAUAUUUAUGGAUAAAAGAGACAAGUCAUCUCAUCGUGAAUUACAUAACACGGUAGGUAUUGAGAAAACUUCUGGAAUACGUGUACCUAAACAAACAUCAGAUAACUAAUAUUGCUGGCCAUAUAAAAAAUAUUCAAUUAUGUCAAAACAGCUGUUGCAACUUGCUUCUAAGGAAAAUGACAGUUGAUGUAUGACAAUGACAGUUGAUGAUCACAUUCGUAUCAAAUAAAUUCAAAUGUCAAAUAGAAUAUCGAUAAAAUAUGUAAUUGAGCAAUCUGUCAUUAUGAAUCAUUUUUAGAAAAUAUUUAUAUUUUAUUUAAAUUCUGGUCUACAUAAAAUAUUUAAUAUGGAUUAAGGCUAGGAAUUCAAACGUCUCCGUCACGAAAAUAAUAUGUAAUAACAACACAUUAUUCAAAAAUUAUAACAAACCAAGUGGUCUCUGAAACCAUCUUUUGUGCAUUUUUUAAAAUCCACCAGACGUUAUUUUCGAUGUAAAGGUUUUUUCUUUCAUUAACUUAUUGUUUAUACUUACUUGGUAUUUAUAAGUACAAAUAAUUUGAUAUUAUAGUUUUAAGCAAAAUAAUCUAGCAACUAAUUAUUGCUAGUCCUUAAUUAAUCAAACUUUUGACAUGUGACCCUUAAAUAACCAUGAUUAAUUUUGUUAAAUUUUAUUUUGUCGUGGAGUUCUGUUUAUCUGUGGGUAUAAAUAACCAACAUUGUUGAAAAUAAAUAGAAAUAACAAAAUUGGACAUUCAUCUAAACAUAGGUAAUAAUUUAAGAUACCUACUUAAUAAAAAAAAUUGAUGAUAAGGAUUUAUUUUAAAUAACACUAGUGCCAUUAAUAUUGUAAGCGCAUCAAUGUAAAAAAUAUAUGUUAUAUAUUAAAUA